AAAGGUCGUGGGUGAUUUGUCAACGAGUGACGUUUAACAAAAUUGCAAAAACAUUUUGUCCAUACUCCAUAUGGUUAAUUUUGUUUACUACUAAAGUAAUUUUCUUUAAAUUAUUUGAAUUCUCCAGUUUGAUUGAAAAAUGGCAGAUUGGGAAGAGGUCAAACGUUUAGCUGCCGAUUUUCAGAAAGUGCAGCUGAGUUCUACGACUCAAAAGUUGUCUGAAAGGAACUGUAUACAAAUUAUAUCAUGGUUGAUAGAUCAAAAAAUGUUAGAUCUGAUAUUUACCAGCGAUGGCAAGGAAUAUCUUACACCUGCUCAGUUAGUAUUAGAUAUAAAGGGAGAAUUGUACGAUCACAGUGGUAGAAUAAAUUUAGUAGAGUUAGCUAAAAUCAUAGGAGUAGAUUUGGCACAUAUUAAUGCUCACCUAAAUGAUGUUUUAAAAAGCAAUAAGGAUAUCCAGUCAGUAUUGGGACAACUUAUUGAUAGCUCAUAUAUACAGAGAAUAGCCGGAGAAAUCAACGAGAAGCUGGUUCAACAAGGGCAGAUCAGUAUUAGCGAUUUAACGAUUCAAUAUGACCUUCCCGCUGACUUUCUCCAGAACCAAGUAGUAGAAAAAAAUUUAGGAAAAAUCAUAUUUGGAAAACAAGACAAAAACGAUCCCAAAGUCUUCUUCACCGAGUCUUUUAUUGCCCGAACAAAAGCUAAAAUCAAGGGAGCUUUGACAGGCUUAACUAGACCAACUCCAAUAUCUUCUAUUUUAAACCAAAUUGAUAUCAGUGAUAAGUUGUUUUUCUCUCUAUUUGAUCAAACUGUUAGUUACGGAUCUUUAACUGGAAGGAUGGCCGGUGCUCAGUAUAUCCCAAAUGUUUAUGCCAGGUCUCAGAAUGAAUGGGUCAGUCAUUUCUACAAGCAAAAUAGUUACCUUGAGUUUGACGCGCUUUCACGUCUUGGUAUAACUGACCAAAAAACAUACAUUAAAAAACAGCUUGCCAAUCAGGAUUACCAAAUUCUCAAUUCUUGCGUAGUAUCCAAAACCAUAUUGGAUCGCGUAGAGGCUGAUAUUGAUGAGUGCAUAGCUAGCAAGUCAUUCAUAGAUUUACAGAUUAAUUUGCCGUCAGUAUUUAAUCAAACAGAUCAAGAAAUGAUUCUAGACUUAGUAUUAAGUAACCAAAAACGUUCUCAAACCGUUCUGUUGGAGAACUACGUCUUUAGUAAAACAUUCAUCGAGAAACUAGUUAAAGAUUGUGAAAAUUUAAUUCAAGAAAAAGCAAAGAAUGUUGUAGAAAGUGGAAAGUAUCAGCAGUAUCAUAUCAGUCUACAAGCAUCUUCAACUAAAUCGCAAAAAGUAGAGGAUGUAGAAGAAAAGGUUGACAAGAGAGAAGAAAGGAGGAGGAAAGCAGCUGGUGGAAAAAGCGGUGGGGGAACUCAAGGCAGAGAGACGAAAACUAAGUCUACAAAAAAGUUAUACAGAGCCGCUCAAAGAAACAACUCGGAGAGUGAUGGAGAUGUGGCUGAAAAGAAAAUAGUGUUGGAAAUUAUUAAAUUUGAUGAUAUUAAAAAUACUUUGCAACUUCCGCUUGAAGAAGAGGGCGUACAGGACGAUAUCUUAGAUGAAAUUGUGAACCAUUUGCUUCCAAAAUUAAACGAAGAUGCCAUACAAAUUGCAGCAAACAUUUUCGCUACUACCGUUACCGAUCGCACGGCUAAUCGUCGUCAAACUCACAAUGAAAUUCAAAACAAGCUUAAUGCGUUGAUUGGAGAUGUUCGAUUAUUUGAUAAAGGUUUAAAACUUUUUCCAGCUGAUUUGCAAUCACAGCUAGUGAAGUAUCUUCUAAAAUCCCUUUGCACGGAUAUCGUUACGGAAAUCUUGAAUUAUGUGUCAGCAGAAGAGAACCUGAACUCCUUAACAGAUAAUUUCAACCAAGAUCAGAGAAUAAAAUUUGUAAACGAAUUACCCAAGGAAUAUCAAGAAUCUCUUUAUUCGGUCGUUAAAACUUUGUCUGGACAGAGCAUUGAUGACUUUUUGACAACGGCUGAGAGUGCGUUGGUAUCUUGCAGUAUGAUUUUGAAGAAAAUCGACAAGAAGAAAGAUCGUAUUACUGUGCUUAAUCACAAACAUCAACUUUUGGACGAACUAAACAAAUCUGAAGAUUUAGCUUUAAUUCUACAUCUAGCUACGGUUGCUAUUUUUACGGCUGCUACACAAACGAUGCUGCAUUGUAGCGGUAGGCAUGUUGCGGGGGUGCUGUCAUUUUUAAAGCAAUAUUUGACAGAAGAGCAGACCUCAGAACUUACUUCAUAUCAUGAUUUUGUAACCUUAAUGUUGAGCGAAGGAUCGGAAGCAGAAAACGCAAAGGAAAAGCUAAAAGAAAAAGUUCCUGUAGUCAAAAAGAUAGCGAAUGAGUAUAAAAAACCCGGCAGUGAAAAAUCAUAAAAAUGAAUUAAUAAUGUAAAGUUGAAGGUACCUGCUUGGUAAAUUUAUCAAGAUGUUCAACUUUCUGUGAUAUGCCACUCUAUAUUAUUAAAAAAAGGCAAUUUUUGACGGAAAUGACAGAUUUUUUCAGUCGGUGUCUAAUAUAAAAAUGUAUAUAAAAGUAACGGAGAUAUAAUGUAAUAUACAUCGUUGUUUUAA